AAUAUAAUAAUUAACAGUACGAAUAUCAAAUAUAUCAUAAACAUAAUACCUAUUUUGUUCAUAAUUAAUUUUCUUAAACUAAGUCUACACAGUUUUCGGACGUAGCUGUUCACAUGCCCGAUGUCCUUGUCUUUAACUUGGCUCUAUAGUUAAUAGGACGCAGAGGUCAUCGAGUACAACGGUCUACUAUCUCCCAUAGAUCUUUGCUGACUACAUAAAAUCAAAAUUAGAAUGGAAAUAUAACUUUAUAACAAUCGAAAAAAUAUUAUCUUUGGUUUUUAAUGAAUUGUGAUACAGAAGAUAUUUGGUCAUUUUUCGAUUCCCUAAAUAUUUUCAAUUUAUAUUUGGCUUUACAUAGCAUAUAAAUAAAUAAAAUAAUACAUUUUUCACAACAAAAUGGUAAACAACAUUCAUCAGUUUUUGGAUCAAAACACUCCAAUCAAUGAACCGUUGAGAGGAAAGUACAAAAAAAGCUUUGGUUAUCAUUCACUAAAGAAUAGAAUGCCGGUUGUGUUUUCUGAAAUCAUAAAUUUAUUAAAAGCAGAAAAAUUUGAUUUGGAUAACAAAAAUGAAGUAAAUAAUACAGUGGAGGAAUUAAAACUAUUACUUUCUGAAUUGUUAGACAAUAAAUCUCUGCGGAAAGUUGAUGGUACUUCUACAUUAUUAUUAAUAUGGAACCAAAUAUUAGAUAAUAGAUUUAAAACGGACUCCUCAGUAACAUGGUUUGAAACAGAAUGGCUUUUCACUGAAAAUUAUUUGUACAUAAGAAUAAAAGAAAUUUUUGAAAAAACAGAAACAUUAAAAACUUAUGAUCCUUUCAAACAAAUGAAGUACAAAGCUUUUGCUGAAUCUGAGAAAACUAUGAUUACCAUUGCUGAAUUUUUAAACUCACAACUUUCUAAAAAAGAAUUAGAUAAUACAAAGUUAAAAGUUCUUUUCAUGCAAAUUUUAAAGAUUUGUUUGUGGGGUAAUAGAUUUGAUUUAUCUCUUAAUAUUGGAAAAUCAAAAAAUAUUACCGAAGAUCCGUUGGAAGCUAUAGCGUCAUUAGAUAAAUAUAUUUUAGCUGAUAAUUCAGAAGAAACAUGGAACUUUUUGAAUAAAUCAAACAAUAAAAACCCUAAGAUAAUUGAUAUUAUUAUGGAUAAUUCAGCUUAUGAACUUUUUACCGAUCUAUGUUUGGCAGACUAUUUUGUUACUUAUGGAUUAGCCGACGUUGUUGUUUUUCACGGGAAAUCUAUACCUUGGUUUGUGUCAGACGUGACAAAACCAGAUUUUGAUAAUUUUCUAAAUCGUUUACAGAAUGAAUGUUCUUCAAAGUCCCUUCAAGAUAUUGGCAAGAAAUGGAACAGUUACUACAAAACUGGUAAAUUUGUAAUUGAGUGUGAGGACUUUUGGACUUUGCCACAUUGUUAUUCUGCAAUGGCCACUGAAAAUUCCGAGUUGUACAAUAAAUUAUCUUGUUCCCAAUUAAUUAUUUUUAAAGGUGAUUUAAAUUACCGAAAAUUAAUAGGAGAUAUAAAUUGGUUACCAUCAACCACAUUUAAAGAUGCUUUAUGUGGAUUUCAGCCUACAGCAAUUUUGGCCUUACGAAUUUUAAAAUGUGACUGUAUAUGUGGCCUUAAUUUGGAUUAUGAAAAUAAAAUUAGUGAAAACGACAAGGAUAAUAGUGAUUAUCUUUCAUCCACCAAUUAUUGGCAAACUAAUGGCAAAUAUGCUGUUGUGCAUUUUAGCAAAUAGUUUUCAUUGAUACAUUUGUUAAACUAGAUUCAGUUAGUCAAUUUUACUAUUAAAUAAAAAUUAAAUAUUUUUAUUGAAUUAAUAUU